AUGCCAAAGCUCAAGUCACCGAUUUUCCCACCCCAGCAGACAACCAAUGCCUCUAAAAUCUCGGCCCCGAAUGAUCGAUUUUCUCCUGCUGAUGGCGAUAAAAAUUUUCUUGACGCAAUUUUCUGGGUGGGAAGUGGAUGUACAAUCAUGGCGGAGUCGCAAAUUUUGAACAUUGCCACGCUGAAAACUCUGCCUAGAAGAUCAUCCGUUGAUUUCCUCAAGGCAGACGUAGUGACAAUCGGGCCUUUGAAGAUGCUUCUGGACGUGCCAAUUUUGUGCAAACGCGUGGAACUCGCAGACGAGUCUGGCAAAAUUUCCCUCUGUUUCUUGGGACCCUCUGCCAAAUCCUUCGACGAAUGGUUCCCGGAAGUGAAAGCAGGCAAAUUUUUGAAAAUUCGGAACUUGGUCACAGAUUUAGAGCUUUCAGCUGACCGGAAAUUGACCACGCCGUGUUUGAAACCCGCUGGGAACAUGACAAUAACAGUGGUGGAAAGAGGAGAACCAAUGGAACCCGCACAAGAAGAGCCCCAUCUAUCCUACACAUGGUCAAAUUGCAGUCUUACUUCCGGAAGUACUAGCACAGCUGAACUGGGUCACCCAAAUGACCUGAUCUCUGAGGCAUACUUUGAUGGCACAACACGAACAACAGCUGAAGUAGCCACUUUGACAGAUGUCACUUCAAGCAGGUCAUUGACCUUCGAGAGAAUAUCUGCAAAAUUGGACCUCAUUAAUGACCCGGAAGUGGAGUUGGAGAUUCUCAAACGGAUAGAAAAGCUAGUGGACGAUUCCGGGCGUCAACUGCAUCAUGUUAGAUGGAUUAAUUUGGUUGUACCAUUCAAGGAGAAAGGGGAUUUGGGCACCAGCCUCAGGAAUGUGCGCCAGGCGCCAUGGCACAAGACCCCUGAAAUUGUGCAUGAAGUUGAAGGGUGUCACUCACAACUGACCACUGACCCAUUGGAUGAACGAAGCCCGCGGGUGAAUCGUGGAAACCGUUGCACGAUCACGACUUCUAAACCACGGACGCAAAUUAUUCCUACUCACUGA